AUGAAAAUUGUAUUUGAACAUCAAGGUCGUAAAACAACUAUAAUUGGAAAUGAUUAUGUUACAAUUGUCGACAAAAUUAGAUCAAUUUUUCCCGAUCAGAAUCAUCGUCGAAUACAAUUUUAUGAUCCUGAACUUACUGAUUACUUUGAAUUUACUUCACUUGAACAAGUUAUUGAUCAACCUAAUGGACUAAAGAUGAGUUUUGAUAUGUCAGAUACAUUAGAUUCAGUUAUACCUGAUCCUGCUUCAUCAUCAACAAUCAAUGUGAACGAAAAUGCUUCGACAAACAAAAAUAUUACUCCAACUACUUCUACAAAAAGAUCUCGAAAAAAAUCAUCACUAGAACAUGAGAAUAAAAACGAUGAACCACUAGUGUUACCAACGUAUUGCGAUUUGAUUACCCAAGGUUUACAGUCUCGAGAUUCAUUUCCAGCAAUUCAAAAACCGUUCUUAGAACAAACAUGCACUCAUUUUCUUCAACAAUAUCCUGAUUGUUCUUUGAAAAAUGUUCAUCAUUCAUUUAUUUUAGCACUUACACAAAAGUUUCCAGCAUUAAAUUAUUUGAACCUGAACGUCGAUGGAAAAAAUGGCAAAGCACCACAUCAUACAAUAUCUAAUCUACUUUCUCGAAAAAAAAGAAAUAUGAAGUAUUCAAAAACUCAUCCAACACCAAAGCGACCACGACUACCUACAAUUAAUUCAAAUUCUGAUGGUAAAACAAGUGAAAGUGUAGUUGUUGAAGAGACAACAGACAAAGAUGAUAUACAUAAUCCGGUGAUUGACGAUGGAAAAAAAAGUCAAUGUUCAUUUCAAGAUUUGCAAGAGUUAUUGGACGAGACAAGUGGAAUUGAAGCAUUUGCACUGCAGCCUGAUGUAAACGAUCAAUCAACAGUAACAGCUGCACCAACAAAAACACCAAUUCGACCACAAACAAUAUCGAAGACUGAUCGUACAGCAACUAUUUCACUAAUACCACCAACAACUCCAUCAAUUGUUAAUACUUCAUCAAUUUCAACUCCAUCAAUUAUUAAUACUUCAUAUGUUUCAACUCCACCAGUGAUGAUUAAACCAGUUGCUACAACAAAUGCAGUUUCUACUCUGAUAUAUCACGAUGGCCGUAUGCAUAUCACUCCAGUGUCAUCACAAUCAGUUGUUGCUGUUCAUAAAGCAAUAAUACCACGAGAUACAGCAAAGAAAGGAGCAAAUAAUGAAAAUAAUAAUUGUACAGGUUUAGCAACAUCUACUAUAAAAGAUUCAGAAAAGAUUCUGCAACCAUCUACCAUCGACAAUAUUCAACAAUCAAAUAGUUUAAAAAAUGAUUUAGAAGUUUGGUUUCCGAAAUUAUCAAAAUCUGAACAAACUGCAUACAAUAAAGAUGUUAGUCGUCUUCGUUCAAUUGUGAAGCCAAAGACUAGAUCAACAAAUCAUAUUUCAAUUGGUGAAAUUCAUGCUCUUAUCCGUAAUACUCAUACAAUUAGACGUCGAAUGUUGUCUGAAAAACAAGAUAUAGAUUUUACUGUGAAGGUAUUAGAAUAUCAAGAGAUUUUUCAUGAAGAAGCGCUUGUUAUCGAAUAUAUGUUACUUAAAAAUCGAUUAUGCACUUUCGACGAGGUACAAGAUCAAGCACGUUUAUUACUUGAUGAUUUGAUUGAAAAAUAUUCAGUUAAACAACAGAAACAAAGUGAAGCUGAUUUUCUAUCAAUGAACAUGUUAUGUGAAGAUGCAGGUGAACACAACUUAUUUUUCAAAAAUGGUUUAACUGAUCCACAUCCGGUGAUGGGCAUUGUAAUUAUGCCCUCAACAGCAAAAGAAUUUGAAAAAGCUUUUAUGUUUAUAAGAUAUUUACCUUACAAAAUGCCGGUGUCAAUCGGUGGUGGUGGUCUGCAGAAAAUAUUAGCACUUCUCUUGGUUAUAUACAUCAAUUUAAAUGUCUCACCUGGUCACAAACUACUUCGAUUAUUGUCUGAACAAUGUAAUAAAAAACAAGUCUUAUAA